CCAGGAACUAGAUUGGGAAGAUGACCCGGGGGACUGACCUCAUACGAGAGCCUAUAUAAGCUAGAGGCGACAGGCUAUCUCAGCCUUUGGAUUUAAGGCAAGGAGACGGCUAGCUCAGUUUGUGUGAGUCCCACAGCCAUGUCACAGCCAGCUCCUGUGAAAAAGAAGCGCCCUCCAGUGAAAGAGGAAGACCUCAAAGGGGCUAAAGGAAAACUCUCUAGCAACCAGGAAAUCAAAUCCAAAACCUACCAAGUCAUGAAGCAAUGUGAGCAAGCUGGCUCUGCUGCUCCGUCCGUAUUCAGCCGAGACCGCACAGGGGGGGAAACUGUAUUUGAUAAACCCAAAGAAGAGCCUCCAAAGAGUGUCUUUGGCUGACUGCCACUUUCGAGAUCUGUGAUGAAUAUUCAUGGAGUACUUAACCCCAUAUUUUGCUUCCACAUACAGCAGUCUUAUUACUUGCGCUGUUCAUUUAAUUUUCUUAAUUACUAAUUAACAAGAGAACUUGCAUUGAAAGAUACUUCUUUUUAUACAUUGUGGGGGGUUAUUUCUUCCCUAGCUGUGCAGCGGAUGAUUCAAAUAAGGGUGGUAGUUACUGGGUGUGGGCUGGUAUUGCAACGACCAAUUUUGUUACAUACGUACAUGAUUCUUUGCAUUAAAUUGAUGUUCCAGAACAAUGUCCCAGUUCCAAGUGUGAUUAUAAUGUUGAGGUGUAAAACCAAUAAAGCAUGGUGGUUUUGA